AUGGCGUUCUUAUUCUACAUUCCCCGUGGAGUUUGGACCAUCUUCUCCUCCUAUAGCGGUCUCGCCUUGGCUGAUCUCAUGACCGCAGCAAGAAAAUCAGCCAAGACUGGAGCGGACGAUCCUUAUAUCCCAGCAGUUGCAACCACUAUUCAAAAGGUCCACGCAUCGAAAGUGGUUCGAUAUGGAUCGGGUCUUUUCAAUCUCUACAUCAUAAUGAAGGUAGCAUUCUGUGAUUUAACGGUCCGCGAAAUGGGUAAUGUAAAUAACUGGACCGUUCAAUGUGUGCUGAUGGUGAACAUGUUUAAUGAAAAGAUAUUCAUUUUCCUGUGGUUCUGGUUCGCCAUGUUACUCUUCUGCACUUUCAUCAAUCUUUGCGUAAUAAUUCGUCGACGAUACAGCAAAGCAGCUCGGGAAACCUUCCUCUAUAACGUUUUG